GCAUCGCACCAGCUCUUCAAGGACAGGGCAAAGAACCGUGUCGAUGAUCUGCAAGGUGUGUUAACUAAUCUACAAUCUGCAAGGAAGGAAAGCCGAAGUUAUGAUGUUGGGUUGCUUGAAGAGCAAGUCCACCAAAUGCUGCGUGAAUGGAAAGCUGAGCUCAAUGAGCCAUCCCCGGCUUCUUCUUUGCAGGCUUCUGUCUUCAAGUAUUGGUGGUGUAGAGAUAUACAAUUACGGGUUUUACAUUCAUGGGGGACUCUGCAGGGAGGAAGCCUUGUUUCAUCAUCGGACAUCUAUAGACUGUUACUUGGUGAGGAAGAAGAUGAUGCGACCAGUGCAUUAGCUGCGCCUAAGCCUGAGCCUGAUGCUCAAAAAGUUAGUGUUACUGAUUUUCAAGAGGGUUUCAAUGCAACUCAGGUGCUGCAUGAGCAAGGUUUCCAGUUGGUUGAUCAAUGCAAAGGCUUGCCUUCAGUGGUUAACAGUGCGGGAAUUAACAAUCUUGGCAUUGCAACCCAAUUGGAUUACCAUUCCUUUGAUUUGCAUCAAGAAUACGAUCAGCAGUACUUACCUGGAUUUGAUGCUCUAAAUCUUUGCCUAGAGGAUGCUUUGCCUCCUAUUCAUAUUAGUCCUCCAGCCUCUGCUUUCCUGGGGCCGAAAUGUGCACUCUGGGAUUGCCCCCGACCUGCAAUGGGGUCAGACUGGUGUCAGAAAUCUCAAGACUACUGCAGUGACUAUCAUGCUUCUCUUGCACCUAAUGAAGGUUAUCUCGGCAGGCCUCCAGUUGUUCGGCCAAUGGGUAUUGGCUUAAAAGAUAACUUGCUUUUUCAAGCUCUUGGUGCAAAAGCACAUGGAAAAGAUGUUGGUGUUCCUGAGUGCGAGGGUGCUGCCACGGCAAAGUCCCCCUGGAAUGCACCCGAGCUCUUUGAUCUGAAAGUUGUUGAAGGUGAAACAAUUAGGGAGUGGCUUUUCUUUGAUAAGCCUCGACGAGCGUUUGAAAGUGGAAACAGAAAGCAGAGGUCAUUGCCGGAUUAUAAUGGACGGGGUUGGCAUGAGUCAAGGAAGCAAAUGAUGAAUGAAUUUGGAGGGCUGAAAAGGUCCUACUACAUGGAUCCACAACCGAUGAAAAAUCUGGAAUGGCAUCUUUACGAGUAUGAGAUUAACAAGUACGAUGCAUGUGCCUUGUACAGAUUGGAACUGAAACUUGUUGAUGGGAAAAAAAUCCCCAAAGGGAAGGUAACCAAUGUAUCUGUUUCUGAUUUGCAAAAGCAAAUGGGAAGACUUACUGCUGAAUUUCCUUUGGACAACAAGCGAACUGUUAAGGGCAGAUCAAAGGCUGCUAGUUUGAAGAAUGUGGGAAACAUUCAAGCUGCUCCAAUUCCAAUGGUUCUAACUUGUGAAGGGUUUGAUUAUGGGACCGGCGAAUCUUAUGACUAUCUUGUAGACGAUUUGGAUGGCUACUUCAUUACCUAAUUAGAUGCAUGCAUCGAUGCUUUUCAAACAAGAGGCUUUUCGCCUGUGUAUUAUACACCAGUUUUAUCUUAGACUCAAAAAUCAUGUUGGUGGGCAAGUUGCUCGGCUUCUGCUUACUUAUUUAGUCAGGGCUAACGGGAUGCCUCCCAUUUCCAUGGGCUUGUGGUCAAUUUUUCAUUGUCAUCUGAGACGCGGUCUCAUCUAAUUAUGGAGCACAUUUUACUGCUUGAAAAUGAAAACCCAAUUUACUUGGUAUUCUCAUUUACAUAUUUUGGAGCCAAGUUGACACUAAAUGUAUUGAUGUUAUAUUGUCAGACUUGGUGACCACAUGUAAAUGGUAAUUUGUAAUUGUCAUUUUCUUCAAGAUCUGCUGCUAUUUUACAUGGUUACAUUGUAGGUAUGAUUAAAUGCAUGGUUUGAGGCUCUAUUUGGUGUAAAACAUUAUUUGAAGCCCAAUCAGGCAAUCAGAUACAUGUUCUUA